GGAUCUGUUUCGUGUCACUGUCAGGAUGUGGAUGUUGAGGGAAUACUUGAGAACCCUAUGGCUCGCUUGCCCAUCACCGUUGCUAAAGUUUAUGUGUACAAUGAAGGCCCAGCUAUCUAUGCCGAACAUUCCUACAGCCCAGUUCAACUUCAUGUGCAAAUGAAAGACCUACAACUUAUUUUGGAAUUCCGGGACUCAAAAUGUUGGAUCGAACCUAUCUCAUUGGUUGGCUGUUACAAGUGCCCUACGGGUGCGCAACUGCGUUAUAAAUGUCGUACGGAUUGGGGAACUGCCCUUGCUGAAGUCGAAUGUGACGAUGGUGUAGUAUUUGCCACUCAAUGCAACAUCAAUAACACAGAGAAAAUGAUAGUUUUACCAUUUGACCGGUCCUUAAUCGCUAGUAAUUGUAUGGUUGACUGUCCAGCCGGCGAGACGUCCUUUAACAUUUCUGCUGAACUACACUAUAUCCCGCUUAAACGACAAUUUGGACAUAAACAGAGGCUGUCCGAGCGAUUGGAAACUGAACCGGAUGAAGGCUGGAAUUGGCCAAUGGACUUUAGUUUCGACCCGUUCGCCAUUAUACGCCUGUGGGCUAGUGUACCACUUUUACUUAUGUGUGUGUUUGCGUUGAUAGUUGGACUAUUUGCCUUGUACGUGGCCAUUAAAUUCUCACCGAUUUACCGAGCAUAUAAGCUGGCAGCUUGGCUUUUCCUGCAGCAAGGUCAUAGACCUGAUAAUGUAUCGAAAUUUACGAAGGCGAUGUUAUUACUUAUGAUAAUUAGCGGCGGAUUGGCUCAGGAAAGUCAUGCACAGCAUAAAGUACUGAAAAUUUCAAACCUUGAAAAUAAGCAUGAAAAUACACCAUCCGAUGGAAUUGUGUUGCUAGCUUAUUUUGUCUUGGUGGCUCUGUUCGUGCUGAAUUUCGGUCUGACAAUAUUGAGGGAAUGCGCAAGGCAACGAGAACGCAGAGCCCAACAGCAACGUGACUUACUUGCUUCGACUGUAAUAGUAGCCUUGGUAUUAACUAUCUGGUCACCCACACCCGCUGCUACAAAUCAUUCGAAAACGAGCUUUUUGGCCGCUGAAAAAAUCCUAUCUAUUAGCCAAGCUGGAAUUACCGCGGCUGUAACAGAGAUCCAAAUUAUGAGCUUUUUGGCCGCUGGGAGGUUCCGGUGUGUUUACCAAGCUGGAAUUACCGCGACUGCUAGAGGAGAAAUUAGUGAUACUGCUGGGUGCAAAAGAAACAAACUAAAAUCGAAAAUGAUUAAACAGCCAGUCACAAUAAAAGCUCUGAUAACUCACAAUUACGCAAUACAAUCCUUCAAAGAACACAAGGAAACCUACUCAGUGGAUAAAAAACCCAAAUUUCUGAAUAUUUUCCAUAACUUCUCCAAUCAAUAUAUAUCAGUGUGCAGAUCUAAAUAUCAGUUUUUCGGUCUAGAAUGUCUAAAUUGGGAAGAUUACGACCAACAGUUUAAAUUUAAUCGAUCCCCAAUCGUCACUUUUUCUUCGAUUAUUUUUGGUGACUUUGCCAUUCGAUUAAUGCAACACAGCAACAUAACCUGCAACUUAGAGCCGUUUCAGUGGCACUGA